AGCAGCGGGGCACCGGAGCGCCAUGACACCGGCUGACAGCAGCACCCUGCCCGGGUGGAGCUGGGGGAUAUAAACACAGAAGCCGGGCUGCGACCGCCACGCCGACAGGUGGAACUACUUUCUCUUCUUUCCCCCCGAGCGGCUCCGCGAUGUCAAAGUCGACCCUCCUGAAGGUCAUCCUCCUGGGCGACGGCGGAGUUGGCAAGUCGUCGCUCAUGAACCGCUACGUCACCAACAAGUUCGACUCGCACCUCUUCCACACCAUCGGCGUGGAGUUCCUCAACAGGGAGCUGGAGGUGGACGGCCGCCACGUCACCCUGCAGAUCUGGGACACGGCGGGCCAGGAGCGCUUCCGCAGCCUCCGCACGCCGUUCUACCGCGGCUCCGACUGCUGCCUGCUCACCUUCAGCGUGGACGACGGGCAGAGCUUCAGCAACCUGGCCAACUGGAAGAAGGAGUUCACGUAUUACGCCGACGUGAAGGAGCCGGACGGCUUCCCCUUCGUGGUGCUGGGCAACAAGCUGGACGUGGCGGAGCGGCAGGUUUCGGGGGAGGACGCUCGGCAGUGGUGCCGCGAGAACGGCGGCCACCCGUACUUCGAGACGAGCGCCAAGGACGCCACCAAUGUGGCGUCGGCCUUCGAGGAGGCGGUGCGGCGCACCCUGGCGUCGGACGACCGAGCGGAUCACCUCAUCCACAACAACACGGUGGACCUGCAGAGGAAGAGUCACCCCGACUCCACCUGCUGCUGAGCCCAGGGCUCGACGUGACUCCCGGCGGGUGCUCGUGCAGCGCUUCUGAAGCCCUCGGAGGAACGCGUGGACGGGGUCGGGAUAUUUAUUUGUGUGCACCAAAAGUGACACAACGUUUGUGCCAAUAUUCAGUGUUCUCACCCCACCGGGGACACAAAGCUCUUCACCCAUCAUGUCCCAGCUCUGAUGGUCCUUUUUAGGAAUAUGAUGGUUAAUUUAUACCAAGCAGUUAAUGGAAUGAUAAUUCUGACCCUUUUCAUAGAUUACUUUGGGGUCAGUGAGGACCUGGGUGUUAUUGGACGUCCACUUAAGUGGAAACCUGAAGGUUGAAGUCCUGUGGUGGUUGUUUGGGGUUUCCUCAACACGCAACAUGCCAAAGGUCAAAAAAAGAGUUUGACGUCACUGAUAAAGCUGUGGUUAUAAGUUUUAGACCACAAAAGGAGAAGUAGGAAGAUUAUUUUCUGCCUCCGAGAAGCAGAAACGACCACGUUUACGGCUAAAAUAUCGUGAUUCUGAUACAGAUUGUAAGCCUCAAAAUUAUUGUUAAGUCUCAACAAAACUACCAUGAGAAAACAACUAAGUCUAAGUUAUCACUGUUUGAAGUCUAUCAUUGUGAAGGCACCUAACAUAUAUGUGCUUAAUGCAAUUACAGCUACAGAUAAGAAAGUAUACAUUCAUGAUAUCGACUACUUUAGAUGGAAUAAAACGGAUGCAAUCACAUGACUUGAUUUAGAGGUUUAAAAAAAAAAAACUCUUCUGUUCUGUCGCAAUGAUUUUGACUCUUUUUUUUUUUUUUUUUUAAAGACAAAUAACGCCCUGGAAAUAAAAAGGCAUCCAAAAAAGAAA